AUGGUUUACAACGGAGACGAAGUAUCAGCCCUCGUAGUCGAUUUCGGGUCAUACACCACUCGAGCAGGGUAUGCAGGAGAAGAUUGUCCCAGAGUAGUCACACCCUCUUUCUACGGAUAUAUCGAUACUCCCGAAGGUGAAUCUUCAACUACAAAUGGAAAUACCAACGGAACUGCACAAGCGGAAGAUGUAGUUAUGAGCGAUGGCGAGGAGAAGACCAACGGAGAUAGUACAUCGACAUCGAAGACUACAAGGAAAUACUAUGUGGGAGAAGAUGGUGUGGGUGUGUGGAGGAAGGGUAUGCAAGUUGAUAAUUUCAUGUUGGACGGUAUUGUGCACGAUGCCGAACCUGCAUCUAGAUUGUUAAAUCACAUCCUCCACGAUAGAUUGGGUGUGGACCCAAGUGAACAUCCCAUCAUGAUGACUGAACCAGCCUGGAACACGCCAAAGGCUAGAGAACAGUUGACGGAGAUGGUGUUUGAGGGAGAGAAGUCGCCUGCUUUGUAUUUUGGUUCAGCGGGUGUAUUGUCAGCCUUCGCUGCUGGAAAACCUACAGCAUUGGUACUAGACGUAGGCUACACACAUAGUAGUGCUGUACCCGUCGUGGAUGGAUAUGCCUUAAGAGCAGGUACGAUGAGACAACCACUUGGCUCAGAAUUGUUAAUCUCCCAACUCCACUCCCACUUUACUCAACCAUCUUCCACCAGAUCAUUCCCUCUAUCCCUCGCAUCUCGUCACUUGAUUUCCAAACGUGAUCCUCAACCUGAACCAGGAUUGAAACCCAAUCCGAUCUUACGUGAAGAUAGAUUAUCCGAUACUACCUCAUCAUGGAAAAAAUGGAGCGAGAACAGUGUGAUUGAAAAUUGGAAAGAAUCAUGUACGGAGAUUGUUAAUUAUAAAGGAUUCGAUUUCAAUACUUCGAAAGAUCUUCCUCAAGUGUUGUACGAAUUUCCUGAUGGUUAUCACCAGUAUUUCGGCGAAGAGAGAUAUAGGUUUACCGAGAUGUUGUUUGAUCCUAAGAAUUACUUCAAUCAGUCAAUCGAACCUCCCGCUACUCUUCGAACGGUGACCAACACCGACCACUCUCACUCCCUCAAAGAUCUCGUACCUCUGUCGCAGCUGGUACACGACAGUAUAAUGGCUUGUGACGUAGAUGUCAGAGCGGCACUCUUACAAAACAUAGUAGUAGUUGGAAAUACAUCUUUGACCAGAGGUUUGAUAGAGAGAUUAGACGUCGAGUUGGCAGCUUUGAUGCCUAGCCAAAAAAUCAAAAUUCACUCACCUACGAUCCCCUUCGAAAGGAAAUACUCAUCAUGGGUUGGAGGUUCGGUAUUAGCUUCGUUAGGAACUUUCCAUCAAUUGUGGGUUACAAAGGAUGAAUAUGAAGAACAUGGAAUGAACAUCGUUCAUCAACGUUGCAAGUAG